UGGUCAUUAGGCAAUCUAUAAUAAGUAUUUGACAUUUAAUCAAAAAGCAAAAAAAAAUUACAGUAAUAAAUAUAAGUAAUAUAAAGUAAUAAUAUAAGUAAUAAAUUAAUAUGUGGUGCCAAUUACACACGUUUGGCGAGUUGAAUCUUACGGAUUGAGUUUUAGGCCUACCGCACACUGGCAACUUUAGAUAGGCAACUUAUUAAUCAUAAAAAUAGAACACAAUAAUAUUUAUGAUCUGCCGCACACAGGUGAUUAUUUAGUUGCGGCAACUAAAAAAUUCCAACCUGUUGGAUUCUUUGAGAGACGAAACAGUUGCUGAUAAAAUAGAACAAGCUUGUUUUAAACGGGAUCGCGCUCACUGGUGAUUUGCUUUGAAAAAAGUUGCUUUGUAGUUAAUAUUUGUCGAUAAGCCGGCAAAUUACAACAAAAAUGGCUGCUAUAGAUGUUGAAUUGUUUAUUACUGAAGUCGAAAAACGACCAGCAUUGUACAAUACGAAACAAAAAGAAUAUUCAGAUAAAAAUCUAAAGAAAAAAUUAUGGACUGAAUUAUGUGAAAAAUUCAUUGAGAAUUGGAAUGAACUUGGGGAUAAGGAAAAGAAUGAAAAAGGUAACGAGUUACAAAAAAGAUGGAAAAAUCUUAGGACAUGUUUUAAAAGAGAGUACGAUGCUCAAAAGAAUAUUGCCUCUGGUUCUGGGGCUAAAAAGAGAAGGAAAUAUCUUUACUUUGAGCAGCUUUUAUUUCUGCGGGAUUCUAUAGAAAGCAGAAUUAGUUACAACAGUCUCGAACAAGGUACUGAUGAUGUGGAAGAUAACACAGAAACCAGAGAGGAAGAAUCAGAAGCUAGUGAAGCUACGCAACUUCGUACUGGUGCCGAGACUGACCAUUCUAGAAAGAAAAUUUACCAAAAGAAAACUCAUCAGAAAACAUAUGAGGAAUCUCUGCUUCAGAUUUUGAGGGAAAAAAAGGAUACAGAGAAUGAAAUUGACGAAGAUAAAUAUUUUCUUUUGUCUCUACUCCCUUCAUUAAAAAAAUUUAAUGAAGACCAAAAAUUUAUUGCACGAACGGAAAUCCUGAAUGUGAUAAGACGCGUUCGUAUGUCGGGAAGCGGCCAAAAUCAAAUUCCCCAUGAAGCAAAUGCUUUGCACCACCAAAAUACUGCCAAAAGUCUUGCUGUAAAUAUUCCUUCAACUAGUGCAGAAGGAUCACAUUAUGGAGAUGAUAGAAAUAGUUCUUUGCACUCGCCAACAUAUUCCUACCGCCAAGAAGGUUAUAACAAUGUUAUACAAAGCAGCAAUCGCAAUCCAAGCUAUACUGCAGCACAAUAUAUUUCAGACUUUUCCGCAGGACAGGUACAGGUUUAUGCAAAUACGUCCCAACAGCAAAUUGAUGAUGAGUCAGAAAUGUCGUCUCUGCUUGAAUUACAUUAAAUGCUUAUAAUACUAAUAUAUUUCUUCGUAAUAAAUAUUUUUCGAUAAAAUGAGUUUUUUUCUUACCUUAGAGUUACGGCCAAUCUUUCCUGUGGCGGCACAGCCAUUCGUAAUUGUGU